AUGGCCACCGCCGCCUCCACAGCGGUCUUCGAUACCUUCGAGUUGGUCCAAGCGAUCGUCGAAUUCCUCCCUACCGCCGACAUCGUCGCCUGUCAACCAGUCUGCCACACCUUCAACACCGUCAUCAAAGACACACGAUCCAACAUCAUCAAACAAAAGCUCUUCUUGGCCCCGAUCUCGAAGACCCUUCUUGACGCAAAAACCUGGACAUCAGUCACUGGCAUACUACCAAGCUUGACAUCGGUCGACCUUGAGAGGGAAACGCCUGGCGACAGUAUACGUUUGGUCCUCAACCCAAGGAUUCAUGCACUAAAUGUUGUCAUCGACAAACGUGGCUUUGUGCGAUUCAACUUCCUCGUUGACGGUCUAUUCGACAUCCUCAAGCCAGACCACAACCUGGCGAGUGCCUACCUCUGCCAACCGCCGGCUACGGUCGCGAUUGACAUGAUUCGGUCUGUCGCUUUGCACGGCAGACUGGCCUUGCCGAUGUUUGAGGUGCCAGGAGUACUUCCUGAGUCUCACAUGAUGACCGCCGGCAAGACCAUCAACAGCCUUCGCGAAACGCUUGAGAACCUGCGUCAAAAGAUUCCUGCCGCCAUAAGGCUCCAUUAUGUCCAUCUUGUGAUGCCCAGAGGGUACUGA